AUGUAUUCAGGACCCAGGAGAAAACAGCAGUUAAAGGAGCACCUACAGGACAGCAGCAUAGUUGAACCCGACGGACCCAAUGGGCUGACCCGCCAGGCCCCGGACCCAGCAGGAACAGUGACCCGCCAGGCCCCGGACCCAGCAGGAACGGUGACCCGCCAGGCCACGGACCCAGCAGGAACGGCCACGGACCCAGCAGGAACGGUGACCCGCCAGGCCACGGACCCAGCAGGAACGGUGACCCGCCAGGCCACGGACCCAGCAGGAACGGUGACCCGCCAGGCCACGGACCCAGCAGGAACGGUGACCCGCCAGGCCACGGACUCCAGCAGGAACAUUGACCCGCCAGGCCACGGACCCAGCAGGAACGGUGACCCGCCAGGCCACGGACCCAGCAGGAACAGUGACCCGCCAGGCCACGGACCCAGCAGGAACGGUGACCCGCCAGGCCACGGACCCAGCAGGAACGGUGACCCGCCAGGCCAUAAACAUAGUAGAUCAGUUGAGGAGAUCCUGGACUGGUUCAAGCCGCUGCCUCCUGUCCUCUCCCCCUUAGCCUGCUCCUCAGCUCAGGAGAGGUUGGAUGAUGUCUUGGAGUCAGGAGAGACCAGAUCUCCUCUAGAGAACAGAAACCACUCUGUCUACACUACAGGACCAGCCAAUCAGACAGCAGGACAGCAACCUGGACCAGCCAAUCAGAUGGCUCUUGUGUUGGCAGGACAACAACCUGCAGACUCCUCAGUGGAACUACCAUCAGACAGAAUUCAUUCUACUCUGAGAGAAAGCCCCGUCUCAGACAACACUAAUUAUACUCUGAGAGAAAGCCCUGAUCUGUCCACGGGGACGUCAGGAGAGAAAGAGAGGAACAGUGUGUCUGUCUGUGAACAGGAAGACAUGCAGGUAGAACCAGCUGCAAAAACCAUCCAAUCCCCAUCAGGAGAGACUCAAACCUCCUCUAUUGAUCUACCGUUCUUUACCAAAGCCACAGAGUGUCUCCCAAGCUCAGCGGAUCCUCCGGGCAACACCUCUGUCCGCACCGGCACCGUUCGGACCUCACUCACCCAGACACAAGGAGAACAAGUGCAGGACUCCUCACCAGACAUGACAGCAAUGGAUGUUGAGACUAACCCAUGUUAUAAAGGAUGUGUCUUGGAGGGUCAGAGCAUCGACCAUGGGGACUCGGACGAAGUAGAAGGAAUUAAAGAUCAUACGGGAGAGGCCAGCGUGUCUCAAACUCCCACCACUAAACAGCUGGAACCCAGUUCUCUGGUAGAAUGUUCUGCUGAGACGCUGACUGGUCCGGACCAACUGAGUGAAUGGGCUCCUAAAACUCAAUUCGUCCGACAGAAGGACUGGUCUCCCCCAGUCGUCCGACAGAAGGACUGGUCUCCCCAGUCGUCCGACAGAAGGACUGGUCUCCCCAGUCGUCCGACAGAAGGACUGGUCUCCCCAGUCGUCCGGCUAGAAGGGACUGGUCUCCCCAGUCGUCAGACAGAAGGACUGACAGAUGUAGCUCCUGAGAUCUGGUACACAACCGAAGAGGAUGUGAAUGGAAAGAAAGAUGCUGAAGACCCGGGGUCAGAUGUUAGGAGUCCACCGUCUCCUGCAGAGUUAAAGAGUGAGGAGCUUUUGAACAACGGGAUGCUGAAAGAUUGUGAUCGCCCGGUCCAUGUUCUUCAACACCAGGAUAUGAAAGCUGACCGUAAGCAUCCUACAACCACCGACUGCAUCUCUGAGUCGAGGUCGGAGUCCCAGCUGACGGAUGAAGGGUCUGAGAAACUACGUGGAAAUGCCCAGACUGAGAUGAUCAGUAUUAGAAGUGGGCGUGUCAGGAAGAGUCUUGUUAGAUCAAACGCAGUCCAAACGAGCUCAGGGAAAGACGGCGCGGCCCCCAGGGACGGCCAGCAAACGGCCACCCUUUCAUGUAAAGUUAUUAUUGAAAGACUCAGCCCUGACAUGAGGGAAGGGAUCAGGCCAGCAGCCUUGCCUGUGGGCCACUCCCCAGAACCCACAGCAGCCUUGCCUGUGGGCCACUUCCCAGAACCUACAGGGAAAAUUCCUAUUGGGAAGGUUCGCUUUGAAAUGGGUCCUCCACUACCUCCUCUUCUGAUGCCUCUCACUGUAACUCCUCCGAGACCGGUAAAACCUGCUAAUCCAAGACAGGUGAUUGGUAAACUGUCCUUUCCCUCACCAAUGGAAAGACCUGUUUCCCCUCUGGGGUCCCAAACAGCACCUGAUGGUCAGAUGUUGAGCUCCCCGUCUCGAACCGCUCCUUCCUCACCACUACAGUUUGGUUCAGCCACUCCUAAACACGCCCUUCCUGUUCCAGGGAGACUUCCUGCCUUCAGCCCUUCCUCUUCCUCCACUAGUCCCGCCCAGGAGAACUCCAUGAGGAUUCUAGACAGCAUGUAUCCAGAACUGUCUGCCCGUGCCUGGACUCUCGGUAUCCUCCGAGGAAACAUCUGUAUGUCUGCUGCUGAGACGGGGACUACACCCUCCAGCUCAGUCAGUCAGGUAUCUGGCUUCAAAACCAUCAACUCCUCGUCCACGGCUUUCACCAAAACAGAACAAAGAGGGAAGCGAAGUGGAGUCAACAUGCUUCUACCAAAGAGUGCCAAAAGGCUGAGGCUGGAUAACUGCUCCCCGGCCCUGCUGGGGCGACGGCCCGGCCCUGCUGGGCGACGGCCGGCCCUGCUGCUAAGGGGAUAUCCUCCACGACAUCAGCCAAAGGAGAAACUGGUUGGGAAACCAGCAGCCGACGCCUCCAUAUCCCAGGCCUUAGAGAAGAUAGAAGCCCAGUGUUUUGACCUGUUGCCUGUCAUCAAGAGUCACCUGUUUGUUGGGAAUCUGUCUAGGAAGCCUGUGUUACGGGAUGAGGAGAAGGAGGUCCUCUCUGAGUUCUCAAACAAUCAGCCUCUGGCAGAUGAUCUGAUGUCGGUGAUGCUGACUAAGCUGAAGACUGAGAGGACUGAGCUGCCUGGGUCUCACCUCCAGGCUCUGGUCAGAGUCUACACUGCUCUGUGCCGACAGAGGAGGGACUGGGACAGAGCUCAUAUCCUGGCCUACAGCAUCCUUAGAGAAGAUUUCCCUGAGUCAGCCAAGCUGGUUCUGUUCAUGGUGACCACGUGGCCCAACGUGUUCUCCUGCAGGACUGUAGUGUGCCAGGCCAUCCACACGGUCACCAAGGUCAAAGCUCAAGGAGAGGUGCUCCACUGCCUGACUGCUUACCUGGGAUGGGAGAAGAGUCCUCCUAGUGACGUGGAUCAGUUGGUGUCCAGCACGUUGACGUCGGUCAGAGACGCCGCCGAGAUGACCUUCCAGAAACACCCGCGACAUGGAGAGGACCUGAACCCUGUUGCCUGGCAACGCGUCUUCACCCUGGAGCUGCUCUGCUCUCAUACACACUGGAAGUGGACCCAUGACAACCUACUGAGUAAAGAGCUGUGGACGGUGAUGAACUCCUGGGUGACUCAGCCCAGAUCGAGACAGACUCCCAUCCAGGAUGUUACUGUGGCUGCGAUCCUCAGACUCAUAGGUGGGCGCCUCGGGCAGCUGGGAAUUAAGGAGGGAUGUGGCUGGUCUGUGAAGAACAUCUCCAGGGUCAUCAACACCUUCGCCAGACACGGCCGGUCAGAAGGUGUUCCCUGGGAGGUCCAGCUGGCAGCUGUCUACACUGUCUACGACCUGUCGCCUAGCAACCCCAAGGAGGCUCUGGCUGCGCUGGCGUCAUGGCGAGGAGAGACCACCCAGCCUGUCCCCCCCGCUGUCACCAGCUGCAUCACACAGAUCGCCUCGCUCUGCCGACACGUCAACCCCUAGUCCCUAAUCCCUAGCUCCUAGUCCCUAGCUCCUAAUCCCUAGUCCUUAACCCCUCCACACCCCUAGCUCCUAAUCCCUAGCUCCUAACCCCUAGUCCUUAAUCCCUCCACACCCCUAAUCCCUAGCGCCUAAUCCCUAGCGCCCUAAUCCCUAGCUC